AUGGAGGAAGCUCUGGAAAAAAAACUGGUGAUGAAGAGGUUCCUGAGAAAAAAUGAAAAAUUCCAAGAUGGAAGGGGCGCGAAAAAAAGAGCACACAGGAUAAGAAUGGCCCUACUAAACAUGAGCGAAAAAGAAGAGAACUGCUUUUUAAUGGAUGUGUACCCCUUAAUCAAAAGUUACAUAAGUGAUUGCGUCCCUUGCUAUUACCGCAAUAGGACGUACAUUUUUCGGAAGAGUAUACUUAACAUUUUCUAUUCCAUGAUAUAUAAAUUUAAAAAAAUAAAAUACAUCAUAGAGAUUUUUGACAUUUGUUUGAAUCUCAUCGUAAAGCAAAAUGAAGAAUACACAAUUAUCUGCAUAAGAAUAAUUACUGAAAUAUGCAAGCUACAUAAGAACGAUUUGAUACUGUUCGACAUUUACAAAUAUGCCUUUUACAAGAGGCUAAUUGGUAAGGUUAAAAGAGGGAAGUUUCUCAAGUCGGCAAUAAAUGUGUAUAGGAAAAAGCCCCCCAAAAGUAGAUGCGUACGAAGCAGUGGGGAUUCCCUAAAAGUAGUUAGAGAAAUAAUUUUCUCAAAUUAUGUUUUGAUGAACUUAUAUCCGCAUUUGUUAAAGAGUAAUGAAAAUUACGUAAAAAUUUUGUGUAAAAUUUUGUCCCUCAUUAAUAUACGGGACUUUAAGUAUUCCAGGCCGUUCUACAUAGAAUAUAUUUACUGCUCAAGUGAUCUGAUUUGUAAAACGUCGUGCAGUUACCAUUUUUGGGACACUCAUUUGUCCUUAGGGGAAAAAGCCCUCGGGUGGAGCGAUCGUUGUGAGUGUGUUUUAUAUCCGCGUAAAUUCGAAAGAGUUUACAGCUAUUUGCUCGAGGAUAGGACCACUUUGGAUAAGAAAUCCAUCAGGGGGAAUUCCCAAUUUUGCCAGAGGGGGGAUACGCAUGUGUGCAAUUUUGAUGAGAGUAACCCGCAGGAUAACGUCCCAUUGCGUUGCGAAGAGGAGCGUGUUAAAGAUUUGGAAAUGAAGAAAGGGAAGAAGAGUUCCUGCGAUACAUGCACUGAUAAGACGCAGAAGGUUGAUGUGAGUGGCAGCUCUGAGAAAAACUCCAGAAACCGCUGCGAUUACAAUGCGCCCAUCGCUUCGCUACUAAAUGAUAAUUACGGGGACGAGUUAGGUUCCCCAUUUGGUGAUACCCGCAGUGUGUUCUAUCGAAAUGAACUUAAAACAUCGAAGAAGCAAUUUUACAAAAAUGUGAAUUACAAUAAUUACGAGAUUGAUUUGUUGAAGGUAUCCGAGCUGUGGAGACUAAAAAAUAUGGUUGUGUACAUGUUAAUCUAUUUUUUAAGGAUGGAUAAGAUGAAUAAAUAUUUUCAUCUUAAAGAAUUUCUUAUAGAAAAAAUUCUUGAAUUUUUGAAAUAUGACACAAAGCAUAGCAUAGAAGAGGGGAAAAUAUUUAUCGAACAUAUUCGGUUAUUGUUACAUGACAAUUUUAAGGAAAAUAUGAAGCACUAUUUGGCCCUUUUUGUAAAUCCAAAUACGUACAGGAGCUAUUUAACGUAUAAAAUUAAUGGGCAAUUAAAUGAACACGUGUUUAUCCUAAUACAAGACAUUUUCCACUACUUUAAGGACCAACCUGUGUGGAAUUAUGAAGUGAUUAAGAGUUGCAUAUCUACCUAUUCCCAGGUCAUUAUGAGUAAGAAGAGCUCUAUCUUCAUUCAGAAUGUGUGUGUAAAAUUGCUAGUGUAUAUAACUGAAAUUUUAUUUGCAAUGAAGAAGAAAAGCGCGCCGUACUUUGCCCUCUAUUUUGAUAUUAUAAAUAUUAUGCUGCACAAGAGCCAUUCGUUGAAGUGCGAAUUGUAUGGCCUUUAUAGGAGGGGCCUCCGUGCGAGUAGGGCGGAUGUAAUGAGUGCAAAAGGGGGAACGAAACAGGGAAGAGGCUCUCAUCUUCGUAAGAACAAUAAAUUAGCGAAGAACAAAUUGUGCACAGAUAGAGAAAAACUGAAGUACGACUCAGAUCAUCUGUGCAAAUUUGUUUUGUCGCGAAAAUAUUUUCUGCAGAACUGGAUGAAAAAAGAAGAACAUUUGGAAAAAAUUAAAGCGCCUGUAAAAUAUUACAGUCAUAAAAAUGGAACUAAAAAGGGGAAGACAGCAUUGAAGAAAGUAUUGCUUAAUGACUACUACAAGUUGGAGGGAACGCACGACCUAAGUGAGCUCCUAAAAGAAUAUAAAUUUUUGCUGUAUGCCAUUUAUGACUGUGUAAGAAGCAACAUAUUUUAUAUUUAUUUGUAUUUUAAUAAGGAAGCCAUUAUAUGUAAGCUGGAUACAGAGAAAAGGAGAAGAAGUAACAUUUCAGAGGAUCAAAGUUGUGACAUUUUAAAGGAGGGAUUAAACAGUAGGGGCGAAUAUGUGAGUAAUGAUUUGAACAGGAGGGACAACAUUUUGGGUAGAUCGACGGGGAAGGAAGCGGCAGUUAAUGUGGAUAGCGGUACCGUGGGUGGUGUAAGUGGAUGUGACGACCCAGCAAACGUCAAGAAUGCCAAAAAAACCCCAAGUAAGAGGAAAAGGAUUAAAAAGAGCUGUAGUAUAAGCAAGCGGAGGCGCCCCAGUCGUCCGAAGAACACCAACCUAAGUGUAAAAAAUGGAGAAUCCAUUAAUGAAGUAAAAAAUGGUAACCCUAAUGGGAGCUUCACGUUUCAAACAAGUAAUGAUAACAUUGCUUCCAAUUUGGUGAGCGAGGUGAGAAAUGAAUUGGGACAAUCGCUCAGCGCAGGUGAGUAUACCCGUAAGGCGGAAAAUGGGAAAUUAGCAGCUUCCAAGAAUUGGGUAGCUUCUCUCAGCAAGAUGCCUUUAAAUGUGAGUAGCACCCAACAUGAGGGAAAUAAGUAUAUAGCUUUGAACUACCUGGGGAAUAACGAUGACCUCCUUAUUAGUAAUUAUAACUGCAUUGUGAGUAGUGGCGACAUGAUUGGUGAAAUAAAUGGAAGAACCGAAUUGGCAUGUUCUGUGAAGGAUAGUUAUCCAUGUACCUACACAGUUGAAAAGGAAUUGCACAGUUAUAUGAAUAAGUACAAUAAAGGAAAUGGAAACAAACUGAAUGGCCUUAUGUAUGGUUGCACUGUGGAAAAGGGAAAGAGUUCACAUUUUUUCUUAAAUGGUCAUAGCAAUCGAAAUGGUAAAGGAAUCAUUAAGGGUGCGCAUUGCGAGUCUGUUAACGAAACACUUUGGAGUAUGGAGGGCGAUAUUUUUGACGAGAAAGGGAAGAGCAUAAAAAGUCAAUGCGUCAGCCAAAAUGUCGUUAUAGAAGAUAGGAAUAAUCAGAAGCGGAAUGUUGCCAAGAAUGACAACCAGGAAAACGGCUUCAGAACGGGUAAGCUGCAACGGAAAGGUUCAGAACAGGGUGCCCUCAAUGAAUCCCCCGUUUAUGACACUUUUGAGGAAAUGUAUGAUAUUUCCAAUUUUGACGUGAUCUACGAGCAGAGCAAUUUGUUUAAAUCCUAUGAACUGAGUGAAACUUGGCUCAAAAUAAUACACAAAAUUUUUUACCGUAUGGUGAUAUGCUGCAUAUUAUUCACGUCCUGUUUUUCGCACGUUACGGUUGAAAAAUUGGGAAUAAAAAGUGGAACUCUAAGGGGGGUUAUCAAAAAGAAGACAAAGAACGGUGGAUCGCAUUAUCCAGGCGACGUUUCUGAGGACUACUCCAAAGGUGACAAGUCGCUGAAUCGCACAUUGCGUUCUUACCUCCACAUCAACGUGCACAGCUUGUCAAAGGAGGAUAGAAGAAAAGUGUUCAACUGCAUCAGUUACCUAAGGAAUGAAGAAAAGAAUUUGCUCUACAUGUGUGCGAACAGCAUAAUUUCUCUAAGUGGGAAUGACUUCCACAUUUUUAUGAAUUAUUCCAUCGAGCCUUUAUUCAAACUACUGUUUCAGUAUCCGCAAAUAUUUUACAUUUUCCAGGUGCUCGGUGCAGUGAGCAGCACUAGCGUUUUGUUUUGUAAAGUUUGUUUUGGUUAUAUAAUUCAGAAAAUGAAAAAAUUUCCAAGGCUGAAGAAUGGCUUCAAACCGUUUCAUUAUUUCAGCAAAAAUGUUAGAAGUAGAUUGGCAGCAGAUUUAUACAAGUGUAAACUUUUCUACAAGCUGCAGUCACCCUAUGAUUGUUUGCUGGAUCGAAGCCAUUGUGACGUUUUCCAGAUGGGGAAGGAGUGUGCACAUGAUUCGUCCCUGAGUAAGGGAAAAAAUGGGCCACAUGGUGAGAGUGCCAAAAAUAGCGGGGGUGGAGCGAAUGGGUCACUCCCCACGUGCAGUAGCAAAAAUGGAAGCGGUGCGGUUGCGAAGGGGAAAAGAAGAAAAGGAUAUAGUGCAUUACGCACACUUGGAAUCCAGGUGGACUACUUCGAUUUUCCUAUUUUAGAAGAAUACGAGAAUGGAAGCUGUGGUGAGGGAAAUUCUGAACUGAACGACAUAAAGUCGGUUUUGCUGAAGGAUGCAAAUUUUUUUAGAGAAUUAACAUACCAUAAUGAUAUGCACAUGUUUCCAGGGUUGAGUAACGGCACUGUCAGCGCGACAAGGAUGGAAAAUUUUUCUGACCAAAAGUGGAAAAAAAAGAAACACUACUUUCUUCAUGAGAUGGAAGAACGGGACAUUAUAAACUCCGUCAACUUUGUUUCAUCGCAUGUUCUUAAGUUCGCAAAGGUGAAGAGAAGGAAAAAGGACGCAGGAGAAAGGUAUUCAAUUUGUUCUAACAGUGCAAACGGUAUAAUUUUGAAUAGACCCAUUUUAAGAAAUUCCAUGUCGAAUAAAGGUCAGCAGGGGAUUUAUUCACCUAUCAGGAGUAGGUCUUCACCGGGUAAUUGUACACUUAGAAGGGGUGUGUUACACGAUUGGCAAUUUUCCCACGGAAUUUUUUCAAACAAGGGGGGAAGUAAAACAACAAAGAAGAAAAGGAGUAGGCUGUACGAUGCCUUUAUAAGGACGAACGACUAUGUAAUGGGCUACAAUUCAUUCUCCAUGAAUAACACCUUUAACAGCUAUAUGUCAUAUAAGGACCUAAUCAUUAAGGUGACCCACUUUCUUUUGAAGGUGUUGAAAUACUACUCACAUUGUUAUGAGCAGUUUUUAAGUGAACUAAGAACCAUUUCGGAGAUUUGUUUGGACAUAAUUUUAAAAGAUAGUAAAUGCAUUCAAGUGGUCCAUUUGGUGAAAUGCCUUCUGGAGACCAUCUGUUUUGUAAAUUGCGCAAACGAAUUGAAGGGGAAUAGGGAGAACAAAUCUGGAGUGAAUUUUGCACUCAAUAAGAUUUUUUUUCGGGACAAUUUGAGCUACAUGAAGUGCAUGAGGUAUAUCAGUGCGAGUAGCGAGGCGAAUGAAGAGAGGAGCAAACGUGGAGGUGAAGUUGGAAGCGCCAUGGGAAUUGUAAUUGGAAAUGGCGGUAUAAUGGAGGACUUUUUGAAGAAGGGAAGCUCAGUGCAAAGCGCCUCGAAUGAGGGAAAUUGCCUUCUUAGUGGGAAGGAGAAUAAGGAUGCGUGUGGGGAUGCCUUCAAAAAGGAGCACGUGGGUAGUGGGGAAGUCAGUGGCAAGAACGAAGCCUUCCGAAGUAACGGCGAAGUUAGCGGCAAGAACGAAGCCAUCCGAAGUAACGGCGAAGUUAGCUGCAGAAACGAAGCCAUCCGAAGUAACGGCGAAGUUAGCGGCAAGAACGAAGCCUUCCGAAGUAACGGCGAAGUUAGCGGCAAGAACGAAGCCCUCCGCAGUAACGGCGGAGGCAAUCGUGACGCGUGCCACGAUGCCCCCGGGCAGGCGAGGAAAGCAAAGGCAAAGGGGGAUGGGGCGAAUAAGGCGAACGACAUAAUUGUGAACGUCCUAAGUUGGUUCGAAAAUGUGUACCUGGAUUUUCCCAAGUUGUACAAAAUGGUGUUGUGCGAAAUGUGCCUGCAGCUCCCAAUCAGUUAUUUCACGAAUGAGCGGUUUCACCUUUACUUGAAGUCGUUGCUAGUCUGUUUGGGCUCCAAAAAUAUGAACAGAAUAAGGGUUGCGCUGAAGUCAAUGGAAGAAAAUAUAUGCAUGGCGAAGAACAGCCAUAUUAAGGGAAGCAUUUCCUCGUCCUUUUAUUUUAAGAAUAAAGAUGGAACCAUGUCGUGUAUACUCACUCAUUUGAUGAAAUUCUUGAGAAAAAAAAUCUCCUUCCAAUUCAACUUUAACAAAAUUUACGAACAAAAGUACUAUCUGAAUGAUUUGUUUAGGAACCCAGCAGAUAUUACUCUCCUUCAAAUGGGUGUCAUUUACACACAGAAGGUUCUCUCAGAGGAGGAAGUAAAUAAAUAUAUGAACAAAGUAUACAUGGAAAAUUUAUUUAUCAUUUUAAAACUGUAUUGCAAAUUUUGUGACGAUAAUGAACUAAUGAAUAAUUACUACUUCCGUUUGAAUAGCAAAAGGAGCGUAAUUUCGCAUUUCAGAAUAGGUUUUUUUUUGAAGAAGCAAAUAAAGCAGUACAACAGAAAGAGGUGCAUUCAAGAUGUGCAGUGUGACACCAUAGAAGGGAAACUCUUAAUGAUUAAGAAUGAGAGGGCAUUAAAAGAUGAACCCAUUUCCAUUAUAAAGAAGCAGCUUGCAGAGGUGAAUGACAACACCCCGCUAAAUAGCAAGAAAUCCUUGUCCCUUGACAACAGCAAUGUUAGUGGUAGUUGUAAAAUUUCGGAUAGGAACAAAAGGAGGAGAAAAAAUAUUCCACUGAAGAAUGAAGAUAAAUGCGAAGGGGGAAGUACCGAAAUUAACAUUUCGAAGGAGAGGGAAGGUCUUGUUGAGAACAAAAGUGUCGAAGCGAAUGUUUUAAGAAGUACAAGUAGAAGAUCCGCAUCUAGAAGAAAAACAAGCAGUACAAUGAACGCAGUAGAGGAAGAGAAAAAAUGCAAUAACACGCAAAAUGGGCUAUUCCCAAUUUGUAAUGAGAAAAUUAUUAAAGAGAUCAAAAGUAAUAAUGCGGGACAGAACAAAAAAAACAACUCUGCGCAUAAGGGUAGCACAGUAAAUGUGGGCGUUGGACUGGUGAACGAAAAGAAGGAUGAAGCAGAUCGAGGCAACGUCAACUUCAUGAAAUUUUUUAUGAAUGGUAGCACUUCCGAUCCCGCGCUCGACAGUAUUAUACAACACAUCGAUUUGGAAGAGACGCUGAAUUAUUGCUGCAAAGUUUUGAAGAAUAACGUAAAGAGCAACAAUGCGAAGUGUUUAUACUAUUAUAAGCAGCCGAUGAUAAAUGCGCACAUGAGAAGCAAACUUUGCGUUAGGAAGAAAGCGAGCAUAUGUGUUAGGAAAAAAAGGAACAGAGAAAAAUUCAGCCUCUUCAAUUUUCAUGAGUUAGCCAAUCUGAGGAAGAGAAAAAUGAGCGAACAGGAUGAAGUCGCUGCAGAUGAUGGGUCGAACAAGAAACUGAGGGUUUACAGUUCGCCAAGUGAGAGGAACAAAAAAUUGGUACAUUCGAAAUUCAGCAGUGGAAAGGAUCAUUUAAGCUUUAUUGCCGAAGUGAAGCAACCCAUUUUUAAAACCACGAAGGAGAUGGGGGUAACACAAGAGGGUGCACUACGGACCAGUUUGACGAGCAAAAUGGAGGGCAUUUCCCAUGGCGAUGCAAAUUGCACCAAAAAAAAAGGCACCCAUUUGGCUAGCAGAAAGAAGCUAUUCUUCACAGGAAACAGAAGUUUCAAGGCAUAUAAACGAUUUAUCGACAACGGGAAAACGAAAUAUUUUGACAGAAGCGACCUGUGCUAUUACUGCAUUUUGAAGGACCAGCGAAUUAGUUGCUACCGGAUAGUGCUUACCAUUUUUAUUUUCAUUUUUAAUCACUCAAAAUGUAUUUCGGAUUUUUACCAAUAUAUGAUUAGAGUUGGUUCUCAAAAUGGAGAAUUUAAGAAGGGCAUCAGGAAUAGUCCGGCUGGUGUUAGCACCCAGAAUGGGUUAGCUGAACUUACAGCGGGUAAGGUUAAUCAAAAUGGCGGCACAGUUGAUAAAAAGCGGAAAGGAUCUUCUAAAUGUUUUAGCAACACUGUGGAAGAGGAACAAUCCGCCCAUAUAAAUGAGAAGAAGGUAUGUAGUGGCCCGAAUGAGCAUAACCUGGCAUUGAAGGAAAAAGUGAAUAAUGCGCAUCGCAGAAAAGGGAAGAAUAAGAUAUUUUUCGAAACGUGCAAAUGUAGGAAGCAUUUGCACAAGUAUUCCUUCAUCUACAACGGUAACAACGUGUUUAUAAAAAAAUUGAUGUUCUGUUUUUUAGUCAUGUUAGUGGAAAUAAAUGAGGGAGGAAAAAGUGACAACGCUGGAAUCGACGCGGAGGGGGGAAAUUCCAAAAUGCUUCAAAAGGCUGAAAGCAACUGCCGAAUGAUAUGCAGUGACGAAAUAUGGAAAGUCAAAUUGAAAGAAAUAGUUAAAAACGUUGUUAGAAGAAUUGGGUUAAUACUUUCGAGCAGAUUUGUGCUAACAAGAAGGAAGAAAUUCAUCUAUGUAGAGAGUCACAACAAUGAGAUAGAUGUGGCAUCGUUCAUAUUUACCUUCUGCAGCUUAGUCGAUUACCACCCACGUUUUUUACAAAUGAGCAUUGAGGGAUUGAACUUUAUAGAAAAAAUUUUAAAAACCAUAUUAAAUGUACAACCAAUGAAGAUGAAAACAGGCAUGAAGUGCACCUUCUUUUUUAAUUUAUGCGCCUGCAUCUGUAAUCUUUGUAAUGCCAUCAAAGUGAAGAAAAAAAUAUUCGGAUUGUUACUCCUGUUGAGAGUAAGCCGAAUUCUGCCGCCUUACUGGGUCAGAUUUAACGUAUACAAUAUUGUACGGGCAUUGCUAGCAUGCCAUGAAAGCACCCAAUUAAAAUAUGUACGAAUUGUGCAGUUGUUAGUAGAGGAAUGCUUUGCGUUAGUCAUUUCGUCAUUAUUUACAGGUUAUGUGGGGGAAAUUAACACGUACAUUUUGAAUAACUUCCGGGGAGUAGAUAAUACCUUUGUGUAUGAUAUAAGCAAUUUAUGUGCCUUAAAUCACAAAGUUGAUGAAGCGACACUCAGGGAUGUUGAACGCAUUAAGGACAGUGCAAUUGGUAAAAUAAAAAGCAAUGUGGAAAUGAUCAGAUCCUUUUGGAGCCUGAAUAAUAAAGAAGUGAACCGUAUGGAUGACCCGAAUGAAGAGCAUGCCAAACAUGGGAGGAAUAAACGUCGCCGCAGAGGUAGCCUUUUUUGGUACAGGCACGAUGAAGUGUUCACAUGGGAUAUCCUAUCGUCAAAGGGAAAAAAUAGGAGAAGUGAAAAUGAGGUGAAAAAGAUGAAUAAGAUUCUGGUGAAUAUACUAAAAAUACUUAUAUUCAAUUUAAGCAAAAAACAACACGACAGACAUUUUAUAAAAAGGGCCUUCAUUAUUAUCUCAAAAGUAUUGAGAACAGAUACACGGGAAUUGCUGACUUGUAAAUAUUCACCCACGAGGAAUUUAUGCUUGCAGGAUCUUUUUAUGAAGCACUUUUCUAUAUCGAACUUUGCCAAAUCAUCGUUGAACCGUAAAAUUUCUUACCUCGAUUUUUAUUGUUUUUUUUUAACUCAAAAACCGUACAUCAAAUUUGACUUCCACGUGGUGAUAAAUUUGAUAGAAACCGUUGUUAACAUUAUAGAGUAUCUAGAAAAAAGGGACGAGGAGAAUCGGAUUUUUAACUACAUUCUGAAUGGCAAUGUUCCUCGUUCGUAUUCAAAGGAUGGCGGAAAUGGAGACCUUUAUGAGCGAACAAAUCUGAGCUUCCUUUAUGAGAAGAAGCCAAACCAUGGCGUGGACCACGCGAAUCACGAGUUGAAGAGUCAGAACAAAAAUCAUUUGGGGGAGAACUAUGGGGAGGCAUACAAUUGGGGCACAAACAAUGGUUAUGUUAACCAUUCAAAUGUAGGUAAGAACUGGCAAACUUCCUAUAAUCACAAUGGGGCGGAAGGCGAAAAUGUUGCACAUAAUAAAAACUUGAACGAUGAGGUAAUUAUUUUGCAAAGCACCGUGCCGAAUGGUUAUAGUAUCCAGAUGAACAGCCAGAAAAAUAAAGAUCUGCAAAAUUUGUAUGAAAAAAUUAAGAAAAAAAAUAGAGACUACUCCGUUUUGUAUAGGAAGGAUUACGCCACCAAAUUGGAUAACAAAAAUGAAGAGCACAGCAAAGAUGUAACCAUUGACGACAUAGCUAAUAAGUGGGCAAAUAACACUGGCAACAUUUCUAGGCGUUUUAAGGUUUAUGCGGAUGAUAAAAAUAAUGAGCAUCUCAGUGGAAUGGAUAAGCAGUUGAACUGUGAAAAUGCAACGAGGAGGAAAUCCUCUAACUCGUAUCAUUUUAUUUAUUUUAACAGCAAACUGACGGUGCUUGAUAAUGACAAGGGUGCUCUCUCAAAACGUGGUAGCCUACAUGGGAAUGAUGAACUGAACGUGCAAAAUAAAGAUGUGUUGGAUAAGCACUCAGAAGGUUAUAAUUGUCACAUGGGUGCGAAGGACGUUGUCGAGAUUAAAUCUGAGCGAGGGGAAAGCCUUUACGUAGAUCAAAACUGCAAAGGAAAAAACGGAAGUGCCCUUGUGAGGGGCACGAUCAAAUAUGGAGUUUCACGCGGCAGCACGGGGGGCCCUGCUGUCAGUUUGUGUAACGGCAAAAUGGAGAAAGAGGGGAAGGCACUGGAAAAAAGGGCCAUGGAUAGUAGUAGCAACCCCAAUAACGGAGGAAGCAAUAAUCUCUUAGAAGAGGAGGAACAGAAGCGUAAAAAUUGCGUAAUGCGCAACAGUACCCCCAGUUACAUUUCCACCAAUCUUACGAAGUUUAAACUGGAAAAUUCAGGAAAUGCGAGUAUCAGUUUUAAGGAUGCGAAAAAUAAUUUGGUUCAAAAAAACAAAAGUUUGUUACGAAGUCAUAUGAAAAGUUUAAACGGAUCCAACAGGAAUGCUGCAACUAGUGGUGGAAAGACGUGGAAUGACAAUGCAAAGGCCAGUCAUGCGAACUGUUAUCAGGAUUUUUAUUUCAAUGGCAAAGAAAGAGAGGAGGAGAAGAACGGGAGCGCGUCGGUCCAUGAGAAUUUUGUAAUGGUGCCUGAUGUUAGCGAGGAUUCGGUUCCCAUUAAGGAUAAAAAGGAAAAGCUGGCGAAGGAAUUUAUUAAGGAGGAGUUUUCACAGGAUCAUAACGCGAAGGGGUAUUUCGCACGUGGGCACAUAGCAAACGGGAAUAUUGCAAAUGGGAACACAGCAAAUGGGAACAUUACAAAUGGGAACAUAGCAAAUGGGAACAUUGCGAAUGAGUCCUUUGCGAAGGAGCAUCUAGCGAAGCAGCAACUUCUAAAGGAAGAAUACAAAACGGUUAUUGAGUUUUUUCUGUAUUUCAUGACCUUCGUGAGGAUUUUCUUCAGCCACCAGUUGUACAAAUAUUUGUUGCCCACCAUGAAUGCCCAAGUAAAUAAAAGGAGCGUGUACUUGUACAAUCGGUGCAUUCACAUUUUAGUGAAUUUUUUGUUUAGCAAAGAUAAGGAGUUAUGUGUUAAGGCUGAAAGCACUCUGCGAUUUUUGAUUGUUAUUAAUGAGCACGAUAGGGACUCGGGGCUGAACGACAGCUCGGUGAAGAAUUAUGCGAAGAGUAGCAACUGCGUGGAUAAAAUUUCGGGGAAAAAUGGCGGGCCCUUUAGCUGCACCAAAAUAAUGAAUAUGAACAAAAAUUUUACAAACGUAUGGAAAUUAAAUAAAAUCGAUUUGAAAUUAUACUUAAAGUCGAUAUUAUGCAAUUUGUCAUAUGCCCUACGAAAUAACGGUUUUGUUUUGAAGAAAAAUUUUAUUAUUGGUCUUAGCAAAAUAUAUUCUUUUUUUCCCCAACUGUUUUCUCCUCAUCUGAUAGACGGAUUUGUUCAGUAUGUAAAGUUUUGGAAUGACAAAUGUGGGGAGGAUAAAUUUGUGCACAAGAAUGUAGAAAAGUUGAUGGAAGUUUUUUGCAGUUUUUUUACCAGCUCUAGAUUAACAUACGACCAGUUUAAGGAAAUUAUUGAUUUGUUGUUUGGUAUAUAUAGGCGCGCUCAGAAGGGGAGUUCCAUUUCUCUACCCCAUUUGGGCGAGUUAAACGGGUUGGCGGAUAUUGCAAAACGGGGCAGCGGCGCGUUCAGUGGGGAGAAUCAUGCUGGAAGUAAUACUGAGGGAUUACCGAGAAUUCCGAACGCCGCCGCGGAAGUUAAUCCGGUUGGUCAUUCCGUAGACGUAAACGUGAAUAAAAAUGCAGUAGUUAGUGCAAAUGCAGUAGUGAGCAGAAAUGCGAUUGUGAAUAAUGAGAGUUCCGCUGUGGGGAAGGGCGAGAACCAAUGUGGCGCAAAUGCCCCUGGCGUGGAAGUGCUCGGGCGAGGGAACAACACAGGCAUUAACCGUGUCGGCAGUGGCACGAAUGGAAAGGUGAACAAUGGAAAGGUGAACAAUGAGACAAAUUUAUCGAACGAAAAAAAACUACUUGAAUAUUUCAUAACGAAUUGCAGUAACAAUGAGAAUAGCGAAAUGAACACUUUCUGCAUGCGUGCGUUAAGUUUGCUAUGCUCCAACAAUCACGAACACGCGCUGAAGUACUUUAUCCAGCAGAGACAUAACCAGAAGGUGUUUUCGCGUUUUGUUUCUACGCUAAGGGUUAAAAACCAAGUGGGGUUUAGAAAAUACAUAUGUAAGAAAAUUCCCGCCCUUGUUAAUAUUCUGUUAAGAUUUAUUUGUGACUUUAAACCGAAUGAGUUCCUGAUGCAUGUGUUUAGCAUAUACCUUUUUAAUGUCAACGAUGAGGAUUUAAGGGAAGUAAUUUCGUACGAUUGCUCUAAGAUGAAGGAAUAUGCGGGUAGAAAUGUUGACACUAAUUUGAAGGAAGAUAGGUCUCCCCAUUUGAAGAGGGGCGAACACAAUGGGGAAGGAACAAAUGGAGAUGCACAAAGUGGGAAGUACAACCAAGGAUGUGAGCUAAGGUGCAUCCCAAUUAUGAACGUCAGUAAUUUUCUGGUCAACCUUUUCAGCGUUGUAAACGUUGUGCAUGAGGUACUGUUGUAUGAACCGUCCUGGAUAUUUCUGAAUUUUUACGAGGAUAGAGUUAGGAAGAAUAGAACGAGCCUAAUCGAGGUGUUGUACUUGUGUUUAAUCCAUUUGAUUAGUCAGUAUUUAUCUUUGGAGAACACUCAUUUUUUAACUUUUUUACGGAGCAGAGAAUGCAAAAAGUGCGUUAAGAUAUUGAUCCUGUUUUUUCAUUUUUCUCGUGAUUUACUCAGGUGCGUAGUUUUGGACUGUUUUCCGCAGCAGAACUGUGUGGCACCUAGCAGAGCGCGUAAAACGUUAGUGCUGAGCAAGAACGGCAGCAGGGAUGAUGACAUCAUCUACGACAGUAUGAAGUAUAAUGGUUACCUUUUUUUCCUGAGAACCAAUUUGCUCAUCGUACUGGCGUUCAUCGUAUGUACAAAUAGAGAUGAAGAUUACAGCUAUUUGCACACGUUUUUUAAAAGGUGCACAAAGAAAGGAUUACGAUUUAGGGAAAAACGAUUUUUGUUUUUUACAGUUGUGCGUAUUUUGCAUAAUUUUAACGCGCCAAUUUUGGGCCAAUUUUUUGAGACCUCCCUACGGUUUUUUGUUGUGCCUAUACUGAAGGAAUAUAUCAAGAGAGUCGAAAAGGUGAGGCACAUUACCUUUGCGGGCGAGAAAUAUGGGUCAAGCUGUAAUACUUAUGAAAAAGAAAUAAUCAGUGAAUUACAGCGCAAUAGAAUGGUCAUGAGCGUACACGCGAAGUUGUUCACGCAAGCGGACACGAAUCAGAUUAGCCGAAAUGAGAAAAGCAACUCGUUGAGAUCUGAUCACAGUUGUAGGAGUAAUUUGUUCAACGUUAAUUCGUACUAUAACGCAAAUGGGGGCAUUUCCACGAUUUGCAAUAAUGUCAAAGUAGGCAACAAUUACGAUUACGCGGGGGACGCAGGCUAUAGGAGAGAUCAAAAUGGUGUAAGUGCCUCGAAUAACAAUGCGUAUGUUAAUUUGGCGAGGAAUAACAUCUGCGCGUCGGCGUUUAUUAGAAAUUCACAGAAUUGUACGUUUGUACAUAAUUUAAAUGACAACAGUUGUUCAGGUAGCGCAAAUAAUGAGUACUGUUUGUUUUAUAUAUCGAUUCAUGGCGAAAGGAAGAACGUGCAGCUUUAUCCUUUUUACAACCACAGUUUGUUUUUUAGCAUAAAUGAAAUUUUCUACCUUUUAAAGGCGCUACUAGGUGGGGGAGCUUAUUCGAAAGAAGUUAUCAUGCACAAGUUGGGCAUUAGCAGAAUGGUUGUAGAUAUGGUAAGUAGGAUAAAAUGCAAGAAAAGCAAAAUGAUAAUGCUGAGCUAUGUAAGAAGGUUUAACAAUGAGUAUGUGAAUUUCCCGUGUGAUGAUGUAAAGCAGUUAAGCAUUCGCAACAUUAUCAACGCGUGUAAGUGUAGCCGUAAUGGCGAUCUGAACGAUUUGACGGCGAUUUAUCCGCAUUUACUUUAUUGCUAUAAGAAUGAAGAAAAUAAUUUAAUGAAAUUAAAUUUAAAGGAGCUAACAAAAAUAAUCUCCCAGAGGAGAGAACAACAUGGGGAGUAUUCCAGCAAGGGCAAUGUUUUACUUCGCCAAAUAAAAAGAAGCCACAUGCAUUGCUAUUACUGCAAGGUUUAUAGUGGAAAACGGGUCGUGAAGGAUAAUAGGAAACGAAGCUACGUUUGUUACCCCCAUGAGAAUAACUUCUUUAGCAAACUGGCCAAGAACACGCAGAGUAGCAGGCAUUUGUUCUACAAAAAUGGGCAUAUAAAAAAUUGCUCCUUAUUCAACCAUAGAAGGGUCAUUCUGGGUUAUUUUAAGAAGGACAAAACUGUGUUUAAUAAAAUCCACAUUUUAGAAGUUGUACUGGCUCACAAGUACGAUUUUUUUAAUGUAUACCCCUAUGUGAUAGCCUCAAUUUUUAAGAAUUUCGAAAAAAUGACCAGUCGCGUAUCUAUUAGUGGGAAGAAGAAAUCCCUUUUAAUUCGCGCGUUAAGUGUUGCACUGACAUUUAUAAAGUUCAAUAUUUUCUGCAACUCCGUUCAUGAGCUGUUUAGUUUGGUAAAUGAUGAAGUAGUUCUCAGGGAAAUGGAUCCCCUAGGAAGGCACGACUUGGAGGAGCAGAACAAAUCGGAGGAGCGGAACAAAUUGGGAGCACCUAAUGGAAAGAAUAUACACAAUGGAAAAAGUGAUCCUCGUGCAUUACGCGAAUUGCGAGCUAAAGAAAAGGUCCCUAGCGCAGAACAGGCGAAGCAUGAUGUGAUCCAGCAGAACGUGAAAAUUGGGCAAAAACCGAGAAACCGGAAAAGAGAAGCUAUCACUCAACGUGAUAGUAGAUGCAUUUCUUCACACGUAGGGGAGGAGAACAAACAAAUUGGUAAUAGCAAGGGGGAUGUAGUUCUGCGGGGGGAUUCUAUCCCAAAGAACAAAUCGGGCGCAAAACUGUCCAAGCUGGCGAAAGUCAUGUUAAACUAUUAUGUAAAAACUGGAAAGGAUGAUGAGAAAAGGCACCUCUUCCUCAUCGGUCUUGUGAACGUAGUUAAGAAGUACAAUCGGAUAUACGUUAAGUACGGCAUAUUAAACGUACUGACAAAUUUAAUUAUUUCCAGCCUAAUGCAACAUGGAAACGAACUGCACGGAGCCAACAUGACAAAUAAAAUUUUGAGCAUUCUUGAAAAUAUACUGAGAAUUAAAAAUAAUGUAAAGAUAAAAUAUGUAAAUGUGUACAAAACGCUCAUGUGCUUUUAUUCUAUAAAUUGCACUACGAAGGAGUAUAUCAGGAGGAGAAAAGGAAAGGGUGGAAAUAACCCCCAAGUGUGUGAUGAUGGCAUGUUACAAAAUUUACUUCACAAUAUUAUUACUUUGGAAAUGCAGAGCAAGAAAAGCGGAAAUGGCGAAGUAGCUGUGCGUAGCUUCAGUGGGUGGUCCAGUCAUUCCAACGAAGGAGCAGUUGCAAAUGAGCACGGUGGUAGAAGGGAAGAUCAGGUUAGUGCAUUUUCGUGCAUGAACGAAAGGACAUACAGUUUUACGAAUAAUUCUGAAGGGAGGGAAUCCUUUAGUGGAUUUUUAAACAAGGAAAAAUUGCCCAAUGACAAUUUUGUGGAUGAUACUUUCAGCAGAAAUGAAAGGAGUUCUAUUGCGCAAGAUUGGCAAACGAAUAAUUUAAGGGAAGAAAGCCUAAGCAUUCCCCCCAAUAGUUUCAACGGGAUAGAUAAGGACGGAAAGGAUGUUACUGACAAGUCGCAAAUGGUUAGCGCUUUGAAGAAUGCUCUACUGAAUGAGAUGGGAAUAGGCAAUGAGAGAAAAAUGUGUAUGUUGAAUGGGGACUUUUCCAGUGAGGAGAAGCAUGCAGAACAAAUUAGUAACGCGUACGAAAUGAUAAAUAAGGGAUACGGCAUGAACUUGGUGAAGACCAUUUAUAGGGUUUUAAAAGUGCUGAUGAAGUAUUCGAAUAGGAAAAGCGUUUGCAAAAGUUUGCACAUUCUAAGUUGCAUCUUUUUUUUAUUACUCAAUUUUGACAAUAAGAGGGUGGAAAGGGCCACAUUAUUAUUAAUAAACCACAUCGUAAUAACGCACAGUUUGUUCGUGGACAAUUUUGGCAGCAUAAUCGGUAGAAGUAGCCCCCAAGGAAGGGAAAAUGGCGAUCCUGAUGAACCUAGCCAAACAGGUGUUAAUCAGGGAAAACACGACACGAAGAACGAGCCAUAUUUCAUGUUUAAUAACCAAUUUGAAAGGGAACAAAAUGUCUCCAGUAAAAUUGAAUUUUUGCAUGAAAUGUUGAUUAGCCUAUGUCUUAGGGGCAUGGAGGUGUAUAGGAAGAACAACAGGGUGUAUUAUAUGGAUAACACGCUUUACGUAGAGGCAAAAUUAGAAACGAGCCUGAACAUAUUUACGUUGUUCUGUCAGAUUUAUGAUAGAAAUGGAGAGAAUCAGUACGCACAGUUGAUUAGGUUUCUCAUUUUGGAAUAUCUAAAAAGGUUGAGAUGCAUCGCUUGUUACUGUUUGAGGAAGAAGGGAAGAUUGGCUACCCUGAAACAGUUGCUUUUUUUAAUAAACACGAAUCUACAUUUAGUCGAUAAGAAGGAGGCUAUACAGUGUUUGGAAACCAUGCAGGAGUUACUUCUGUUGGAGUGCAAAAAUGGUUCCAGUUUUCAUUUGUUCAUUUUGAAUAUGAGUGAGUAUCAUUUAGCGGAUGUGCAAAAACCUGUGGAAGGACCGAUGGAAGAUUUUUCCACAGACGUGAUGUCCGACCGUUCUACUUGCCCCUCAUCCAUAGAGGAAGAAGAGAAGGAGCACAAAAUUAGGAAAAAGGCGCAAGUGGAAGAAAUAAUAAACGAACUGAGUGACAAAAAGGUGAACAGUUUUCAGAUUAGCCACUACAUCAGGUAUAUAAAUAGCGUGCAUGAUGAGGCAGGCACAUGUAAUUAUAUGCACAAUUAUAGAAUAGCGAGGAGGUACUUUCUUUCCAAGGACAGGAUAAUAUAUGAAAGGAGAAGAAAAAACUGCUUGAGGAGCAAAAUCUGUCGUGAGAAAAUGAACCAUAGGGAGAUGAAGAACGAUUUGUAUGCACGUUUGUUCUGUAAGAGGGGCGAUAACAACUGCGUGGGGGUCACCCAUUUGAACAGAAAUGUGCAGGUAGGAGAUGUUCAAGGGGGGGGUAAAAAUGGUGCACAAAAUGGUGAAACAAAUGGUGAAAAAAAUGGUGAAAGAAAUGGUGAAAAAAAUUAUGACAGAACGGCCGUUGUAAACGAUGUUGCCAGCCCACAUGUCAGGGGAAUCACAAAACCGAGGAAGGAAAAGAGAAGAAAACGAUUUUACAAAAGGUUGAAGUGUUAUGAUAACACCUUUGAGGCGUACACUAUUGAGGAAAAUCUAUGCAAUGAUUUAUUUUUGUGCAAAAAGAGAAAGAAGCUGAAGACGUUCUGGUCGUGCAGGAAAAAUGAAAACGUAGGCAUAUGCCUAUCAUCGGAAGAAAAGGCACAUUUAAUUAGAAACUUAAUCACCUUUGAUUAUUCGGAUGACUACCAUUGUUAUGUAAAAUAUUACGAUAUAUUACUGUACUUUAUUAAAAGUCAAAAGGAGAAGUAUUCUGAGAAGUACCACAUUAUAGAUUUGAAGAAUAUGUUUUUAAGGCACCUACUGCCAAACAUAUUAAGGGGAACGUUUUCGUUUAUUCCGAAGGUUAGAUACACUUGUACGCACCUUUUUCAGAAAUAUUUUCUCUCCAAUGAUCUGUUUGAGUCCAUUUGUUUUUUAUUUAAGAACGACUAUUUUAAGCAUAUCAUUGAUAAAUAUUUUGUGAGCCUAUUUUUAAAUGUGUUUUUUUCGUUCUUUAAGCACAACGUGGAUACGUACGUAUACUUGAAGAAGCGAACGCAAAGCUUGGUGCCCUUUUUGUGCAGACGCAAGUACGCUAAGGAGGAAGCGGUUACCGAUGGAGCGGUUACCAAUGGAGCAGUUACUGAUGAAGCGGUUACUGAUGGAGCGGUUACUGCAAACGCGGCGAGGCAAACUUGUUCUGAGAAAACGAAGAAAAAAAAAAAUUUCAAGGCAAGGGAGGCGUGUGCGACCAUCAACAUGGAGAAUUACAACAGCGAUUUCGUCACGUGGAAGCGCUACUUAACUAAGUAUUGCUCCGAACAGCAAAGUUUCGUGAACAAAUGCCAAGAAAAGUUGAUCAAAGCCAAAUAUAUAUUUAAACCAAUUCUCAGUUUGGUAAAUAUUUUUAAGGAAUACUGUAGAUCGGUGUGGAUAGAUCUAUUUGCGCAGUUGUUCAAUUUUUUCAGCAGCGAACAAAUUAAUGAAUUAAAUUUUUGCAUCGUUCACUUUUUGUACAACUAUAUCAGCUUCAUUGAAGCAUCUUCUAAUAAUUAUAAGAUGUGCAUGUCGAGAGGGGAGAAUGACAAAGGCGCUUCUACCACUAACAUGAGUUGGAGGAAAAACAAAACUUUUCAAAAUAAUGUAUAUGGAAAUGACUAUAACGUGAACGUUCUAGAAACUACUUUGACGUGCAUAUUUAAGACUCGCAUUAUGCUGUACGUUCCCACGGAAAUAAUUUUAUACUGCGCGAAGAACUUUUGUACGUAUGAAAUUUCCAAGUGUAUGCUACAAAUGUUGUUAUUUUAUAAUUUGAGGAAAAUAAAGAAGUUGGGUAAGCAGGGCGAAGUAGAAAAUGCGGCUCCGAUUGAGGACACGAAUGAAAAGCAGGCAACGGGUGCGAACAAAAUUACCACUCAGAAACCAAGCAGGAGUAAAAAUAAGAAGCAAAGCGAAGGUGCAAAUAUGAAUAACGGCGGAGUCUCAAAUGACCGAGUGCAGAACAGAUUGGUCAUUGCCGCUAAGAAUGAGGACCCCGUUUGCGCAAUGAAAAAAAGCUACAAUAGCUAUAAGCAAAUAAUCAACUGUUUAAUCGAAAUAAAUAGCGACUUGAAUGAACGUGACAAUGUGUACGCCCUGAGGACAUAUUACGUUAGGAACAUUGAAUUAUCCAAGUCUCUCUUUUUUAACCAUUAUAAUUUGUACUACAAAAAUGAAUAUUCCUAUUUGAAGCAUUUUAUGAGCUAUGAAAAUCUGAACUUAACAAAAGAAGAAUUAGAUAUUAACAGAGUGAAUUGGAUCGACAGUUUGAAAUAUUUUAGUAAAGUAUCUUGUAUCGAGAGCUACAUGAAAUUAAUGCAGGUGAAAGAGGGAAUGAAAAAGAAUGGGGACUCCAAAUCAUCCCAGUUGAGCACCUGCAUAUUGUUAUCAGAGGAAAAAAAAGAUGAUCCAAUUGUGCUCAGUUGCAACUACGAAACGUUGAAGAGUAACUACUUAACGAAUUUGAAUAAUGUGUACUGCAUAAUAAAGGACAAUUUGAAAUGUAUCCACGUACAGGAUAACAUGGGAAGGAGCAGCGCGGAAAUCAGCAGUGAGGUUAAAGGUGUUGGGGUGCACCCAGUGUGCACUCCGGGAGAAGCCCUCAAGGGAGAGUCCAAAAAGGGCGAAGGUGGGGGAAGUACCAAUAGUCGCGAUAGCGGCAGUGGAACGGUUGUAACUGCGAAGAACGAUAUGGCGCCUUUGAAAAAAAACAGUGCCAACUCGAGAAAAUCGCGAAGAAGCAAAACCAACAGCUUAAUUAGCUUAAAGUUUAACAAAUCGGAGGACGGGAAAAUACAAACAACCAUUCAUGAUUACUUUAAGAGCAAUAAGAAAACGUUAUCGGAGAACCAGGAGGGGGGAACGCACACUGAAGGGUAUAACAAGGAGGGAGAGAAUGCGGCUAAGCCGACGAAUGAAAAAUGCCCGAGUGGCGAGGGAAGCGCACAUGAUAGCAACAGCAGACGUAGUAGCGGGCGCGACGCCAUAAGUGAUAGCAAACUGAAUAGCAUUACCAGUGGGAGUAACAAGUGUGGCGAGGGCAUCGAUGCUAAUGGCUCCCACAUCAGCAGUGAGAAUAUCCGAAAUGAUAACUACUGCGCCCGUUACAACGAUGGUUGCGGCGGUUGCGGCGGCGGAGGGAACGGUAGCAUUGCCCAUUUGUUGAAAGGUUUAAGCGAUUGCGGGGAGGGGGAUCACAUGAAAAGCAUCGUGUAUUCCUACUUGGAAAAAAUAAUCUACAAGUUACAGGAAAAUAGCGACACAAUUGUUGAGAGCAUGCAGGGGAACGAGAACAUCGAAAUUGACGAGGCCUCCGUUGAAGCGAACAUCGAAAGGAAUGUCGAAGGGAGCGAAAAAGCGAAGGUGGGAGCGAGCGCAGAUGCAGGGGCGAAUACGUUCAGAAAGAUGGUGUGGGAAAGAGGAAACGCAUUUAGUGAGGGUAAACAUUUUGUGGGCAACGUGAAUGACCCAAGUAGUGCAUUCCUUAUGAAAAAGUUCAAAUUCGAUUUGAAGAGCAAACACAUAAAAACAGUUAAAGAAAACAUAGACGAUGGAAUGAAUCUGCUAAUUAACAAAGUGAGGCAAAUGUGCAAUUAUAAAAACAACAAUUUGAGCCUUUUAUUUGCACACGCGGAACUGUUUGAACAUGCGCAAACGAGCAUAGAAAUAAUAAGGGAGAAUUCGCUAAAAAAAAAACAAGCACAGAAGGAAGAAAAUGAAUUGCAGCUAAUAUGCCUAUUGCAUAAUUUGUUUAUCAUGUGCAAUAAGGACAGUUCUGUGUAUGUUUAUGAUGACAUCCACAAUAUGAAAUAUGCCUACCGAUGGAAGCUACUUUUUUUAAAAAUCUGUAAAAUUUUUAUGGACAAAUGUGGUUUGUCACCCUUUUCGAACGUGGGUUGCACCGAAAAGUUGAAUGAUAAGUGUAAGAACUAUCACUUAUUAAAUCUGAUGAAGAAUAUGAGAGAGAUGAACAAUAUGUCGUAUAAUUAUUUUGACAAGCUUUAUGAUAAUUUUGUGCAGAAGGGUGGUAGUAACGGAAACAGCAUCAGCUGUAGUAGCAGUGGAAAUAGCAUUAGCAACCAUGGUAGUAACAGCGGAGGCAGAGUGCUCGAUGCCAGAUGCAGCUACAUGUAUAACAUGGAAAUUAUAAAAAUGAAUUUGAAGAAAUUAAUCAACAGUAACAUCUCAAAUAAUGGCUAUAAUAUAGCACACAAUAUGCUGGAAAAGUAUAGCAGUAUCGUUUGUGAUGAAACCGAAUUGUGCAGAAAGAAAAACUACUAUAAGAAGGAAAAAAAGCCAAACAUCUCCCAUGAUGACAAUUAUCUGUACAUUCGAAAUAUGGAGUACGAAUAUUUCAACAUAUGUAUUAAUUUGCGAAAGUUGGGGAAAAAUACAUUUCUUCAGAAAGUUGUAAAAAAGCUCAAAUGCUACAUUAACUCACUUAAUCUUAUUAACACAUUUGAUUUUGACUCCCUGCCAAUGGUCAGUUAUGAGAAAUUUCGCAGUGAAUUUUUCUACAUGAAGGGAAAGAUUCUGUGCAACUUGAAUAAAAUUAUUUUAUUUUUGUAUAGAAAUAAUUUUAUUGAGAAGAAUUCCAAGAUGAACUGUGACAAAUGUAGAUACAUGUGCCAGGACAUCGCAAGGGAAGAUGAAGCGGGCUGUGCGCAGAUCAAUUCUGACAUAGUUUUCCAUGCUUUGGGGAGCCCUCAGAAGACGGAGGAAGAAAAAGGUUUAAACAUUCCCAGCGCAGUUGCUAGUAAUAAUGAUGACUGCAGUCCGAGUGACAGAGGGGAUAACAAAAAAAACAAGAAGAGAAAAAAAGGCACAAAUGCUGCCAACGAAACGCCGAACCGUUUGCAGGAAGAAAUAUUCCACAGUAGCAUUGCUGAGGAAAAGAAGGAAGAACCUUUGGAUGAUAAAACUUUGAAAAGGAAGAAAAGAAGUAAAGUCACCAAAGCAGCUAGCGAAACCGCAGAAGAUAGUGAGAAAAAGAGCGUACAAACGAAUGGACAAAGUCCUUUGCAUGAGAAGGAGAUGGAUAGUCAGAUCGAAGUGAGUGACUGCAGAGAAUCGAAUAAGGAGGAGAAAAAAAUAGCAAAAAAGGGAGAUAAAAAAAAGCAACAGACGAAAAACAACGGGGAGUAUACCUGCAAAUGUGACCAUAAAAAGUGCAACCUAUUCGAUGGAAAUUUAAUUGAGGAAUGCUUUCUCUCUUCCCUGAAGAUAUACCCACUGGAAAACAAUUCUUGGGCGCUGUGGGCCGAUUACUGCAAGAAAGCUUUUAAGGAGAAUAAAAACAUUUCAUUCUGCUUAAGCUCCAUAAUUUCCUAUUUGAUAUACUCCAGCCUGAAUACACACGAGGGGUACUACCACCUAAGCAGCGUCCUCUAUUUGCUUAGCUCUGAUAUGAAGGAUAAUUCCAUUAUGCAAGUUUUUAACAAAUAUAAUGAUAAUAUAUGUCCCAAUCUUUGGCUGUUCUAUCUUCCCUUCUUAAUGAACAAUAUAAAUGUUAACAAGGACAAUUAUUUGUAUUUUCACAAAAUUUUGUAUGUCCUUAUGCGGAAGUUUCCCCAAGAUGUUUUUUACCAUUUUAGAGCGCUGAAAAUUGAGCGAAAUGAUAAGCUGUACUACCUGCACGAGCGUAAGAACAAGAAUAAAGGCAUGGGUGGAAAUUCCUCUUUAAUGAAUAAUAACGUAAAUAUAGUGAAAGAUCCCGAUGGGGGAAGGAACAAUAAGAAAAAAUUCCAAAUGAAGGAUGUAAUAUUUUUCUGUGAUGGUGCGAAGCAGAGUGAUUGGCACAACUUAAGAGAGCAUAGUUCGAAGGGUGUCAGUGGGUCAAUGGGCAGAGGUAACGUAUCUCGUGAGAAUGGAAGCGGUAAGUUGUGCGUGUUGAGUGGAGCUGACGCUGGGGGGGAUAACACUCCCAGUGGGAACCGAAGUGAUAAUCGAAGUGAUAAUCGAAGUGACACGCGCAGUGGACGGGGAGCGGCCGCCAAAGUGAGGAUGCGCGUGAACGGUAAAAACGAAAAGGAGAGCAGGAAGAGCUUCAAGGGGGCCAAUCAAAGGGGCGAAAAGGAGGCUGCCCCUACUGCCGCAAAUUCUCCCGUCGUGGAGAAGCAAAAAGAGUACGAGUACGCAGACCUAUUUAAGGACGGCUUUGACCAGUUGAUGAACAUGUUUAAGAGCAAACAUGUGGAUGUAUAUUUCUCCCUGAAUUAUAUGUGCAAUGAAAUUUUAAAUUACACCCGAUUGCAACCACAUGAAGAAACGUACUACAUGGUGGGGAAGAUACUAGAUCGGUGCAUGAAAUUUCCUUACGCACAAACACACGUGUCGACGUUUAUUCAAAACAUGACAGAAAAGUAUAUUUUGUACAAGCGAUAUAAAGCCAAAGUGAAGAAAAAUUACACAAGUAGCAGAAGAAGCAAAAUAGCUAUUAACAAUAUGAAUCUCUUUUGGAAGGAAUUUAAAAAGGAUGUAAAAUUGUUAAAGAGAAAUGUACGUAUGAGGAGAGGAACCAUGAACAACGUAGGUAUUAAGGAUAAGGGGAACAUCAAAUCGCAUAUAAUGAACAGCUACACAGGAGGAGUAGAAAAUAGAGGCGAUGUGGUAACUCCCAAUGGUGAUGAACUAAGUAAGAACGGUCGAAAGGAUAACUACUUCUCCUUGGAAGUAUUUCCCCAAAUUGUCAAAAAAUGGAAAGACAUACUCUUUGUAAUUAUUCAUUCGUUAAAUGAAAUCAGGAGCUCGAUUAUUUUUCCCAUUCCUUGUUUGAUAUGUUUUCCAAUUUUCCCCUAA